AUGCCGGGUCAUGCGGAUAAUGGGCACAUCGCAAGUGGAAUGGCGGAUUCCUCCGAUUUUGUUGCGGAUCGAGGCGCCGUGGAAACUGCGCCGUGCCCGUUUCCCCCCAUGCGCGCCCUCCCCCUCCCCCUCGCGAGCGCUCCCCUUCCCCAUCGCCCGCGGUCCCCUACCCCUCUCCCUUUCCCCCUCGCUUGCGUGCACGUUCCCCCCCCAUGCGCGCCGUCCCCUUCCCCCGUCACUAUCACUCCCCUUCCUCAUCACUUUCUCUCCCCUUCCCCCUCGCUAGCGUGCCCGUCCACCCCCACGCACGCCCUCCCCUUCCCCUUCGCAAGCACUCCCCUUCCCCGUCGCUAUUUCUCCCUUUCCCCCUCGAUAGCUCUCCCUUUCCCCACCGCUAGCACUCCCCGGGCCCGUCGCCAUCACUCCCUUCCCGUCACUAUCACUCCCCUUCCCCCUAACGACCACUCCCCUUCCCCGUCACUGUCACUCCCCUUCGCUGCCGCGUUCUCUCCCCUUCCCCCUCACUGGCGUGCACGUCCCCCCCCCCAUGCGCACCCUCCCCUUCCCCCGUCACUAUCACUCCCCUUCCUCGUCGCGUUCUCUCCCCUUCCCCCUCGCUCGCGUGCACAUUCCCCCCCCCACGCACGCCCUCCCCUUCCCCUUCGCAAGCACUCCCCUUCCCCGUCGCUAUCUCUCCCUUCCCCCUCGAUAGCUCUCAUUUUCCGCAAUUCUAGCACUCCCCUCCUCCGUCGCUAUCACUCCCUCCCCGUCACUAUCACUCCCCUUCCCCGAUGCUAUCUCCCCCUUUCCCUCGUCACUAUCACUCCCCUUCCUCGUCGCUUUCUCUCCCCUUCCCCCUUUCUAGCGUGCACGUCCAUCCUCACGCACGCCCUCCCCUUCCCCUUCGCAAGCACUCCCCUUCCUCGUUGCUAUCUCUCCCUUUCCCCCUCGAUAGCUCUCCCUUUCCCCACCGCUAGCACUCCCCUCCCCCGUCGCUAUCACUCCCUCCCCGUCACUAUCACUCCCCUCCCCCCUCGCGACCACUCCCCUUCCCCGUCACUAUCACUCCCCUUCCUCGUCGCGUUCUCUCCCCAGCCCACUCGCUAG